AUGUGGGUCGUCGGCACCGUUGUCGUGGGCGUCGUUGUCGUCGUCGUGAGUGUCAUCCUUUCUGUUGCAUGCUGCCGCCAGCGCCCUGCGCCGAUCCAAACUCGCGUCGCCAUUCCCCACUACAUUGUGUACAACCCUCCACCGAGCCAAGUCCAGGUGGCCAUGGCAACACCGAUCGCGAUUGCAGCCCCACCCGUCGCCACCACGAGCAGCGCGAACGCUGCUUCAUCUAUCAGCGGCAUCGACCCUCGCGAGCUCGUCGAGCGCCGCGAGCUUGCGUCGGGGGUGCGGACGUCGGUUUUCGCGUGCACGUAUCGAGGUACCACCGUCGCCGUCAAGUCCCUUAAAUUACCGGCCGGCGCUCUUGCAAAACACCGAUUCCUUGCGGAGUGCCAUCUUCUCGCGCGGAUGCAAUCUCCGCACAUCGUGUCGUACAUUGGUGUGACGACGCCAGACGGGCUCGAUCGCAGUGGGAUGCUCGUCACCGAGUAUCUCGGCCUCGGAGAUCUCCGCAACUUUGUGGCGUCAGUGCCGCUGAGCGCGCUCUCGUGGCGGCAGAAACUCGAGAUGGCCCACGACAUCGUCCUCGGCCUCGUCUAUCUACACGCCUCUGGGGUUCUGCACCGCAACCUCACGUCCCGCAACGUCCUCGUGACCGACGCGGUGCGCGCCAAGCUGUCAGACAUGAGUGUUGCCCGCGAGAUGGACGAAGCAACCAUGACGGCCGGCAUUGGAACCUACCGCUGGAUGGCGCCUGAGAUGCUCCAAGACGGUCACUACGCCACGUCGGCCGACAUGUUUUCGUUUGGUGUGCUAUUGUCCGAGCUCGACACGCACCAGCUGCCGUACGCAGACCACCUAAGUGCUAGCGGGCGGGCGUACACGGAGCCUACCGUCAUGGUCAAGGCCAUGACGGGCGAGUUUCGCCCGACGUUCUCAUACGCGUGCCCACGUUGGUUCAGCGAGCUCGGAGCCAAAUGCAUGGCUAGCGACCCGCAGGCUCGCCCAACAGCUAUGGAAGCGUCGUACGCGAUCGAAUUGGAGCUUCAAUGCCUCGAGCUUUCGAGUGCGUAGCUCAACAAUGCAUUAUUCCAACGUUAGUUUUAGCAGGACGCUUUUCGUAAACAUGAAAUUGAGUGAACAAAAACGCA